AUAAACGGGACAUGCAAGCAAAUGAAUAUAAAUUGUAGGCUUCAAGCUGUAUAUGCUUUGCCUGCAAACCUAUAAAUAUUCCCUUCCUCUGUCCCAUGAAAAACAAAGCUAUAAAGCCUGCAAAAUCCAGAAGCUGGCCAUACAUUUUGAAUGCUGUUACUAAUUUUAAGCUUAUCAGCUGUCAUUUUUUCUAUAGUACUUAAAUCUUGCAAGCUGACAACCAUCCUUCUAUAAAAAGGUUAGUGAGCUACAGAUAAUAUUCUAUCUCACAUUCACCUCUCUUGAGCUUUGUGGAACUUUCUUCUUAACUUACAUUAAUGGAAGGAAACUACCCACAUCUUGAAGGCUCCCCAAUGCAAGCUUUUUCACAGGCUCAGCUGUUACAGCAGCAGCAGCCACAAAUGUUUCUGCAACAGGGGUCUACUCACUCUCAUCUUCGUUCCAUGCAAAUCCAGAAACAACAUCUUCAAAGGUUUUGGCAACAGCAAGUGCAGGAGAUGAGACAAAUUGCAGAAUUCAAGCAGCAUCAACUUCCUCUUGCAAGGAUCAAGAAAAUAAUGAAAUCUGAUGAAGAAGUUAAGAUGAUAAGCGCAGAAGCUCCAGUCUUAUUUUCGAAGGCCUGUGAGCUUUUCAUUCUAGAGCUCACUCUGCGUUCAUGGUUACAUACUGAGGAGAACAAGAGGCGUACAUUGCAGAGAAAUGACAUUGCAGGAGCUGUGAGCAGGGGUGAUAUACUUGAUUUUCUUGUCGACAUUGUUCGUAGAGAUGAUAUAAAGGAUGAGCAAUAUGGGGGACACUGGACCGACCUUCCUCAUGUUGAAUCCAUUCCGCCUUAUGGAGGAAUGCCCUUUCAUUUCAUGACUUCUCAGCCUUACCAUCACAGCCUUCACACUGAGACUGUGGCCUACACCCAACCGCUGUCUCAUGAGCUGAUCUCUCAAGAGCCUUUAAUGCCAGAGCAGCAACUGAUGUACCAACCUCCACAGCAUUGAUCAGACUGGCUCCUCAAAAUUAGCAUUGCUUCUGAAAAAUCCAGUUGGCAGAAAUGGUUCUGUUAGAUAAUAAAAGCAGCCUCUAAAUGUAUUGGUUGCCCUCCGAAAUGCCAAGUGGAAUUUUAUUUUAUUCAAAAAGAGUAGUGUAUACAACGAGUUUAUGAAAUGUACACAAAUUCUUAAUUCAACGUUAUGGUGUGUUUUUUUU